AAAAGUACACCGAAGGUCCCUCAACUUAUCAUGGAGUUACAGAAUCGUCCCACAACCGCAAAACCAGAUAUAUAACAUCCCUCAACUUACAAAAACAUUUACUUUAGGUCCUUCGGUGGUUUUGAACCCGGUUUUUUCCGACGUGGCAGCGUGGGACCCACGUAGACCCCACAUGUCAGCUUGUCCACAUCAGCCCUCUCUCUCUCUUUCCUCUCUUCUCUCUCUUCCUCCUCUCUCAAAUUCUUCUCUGGGCAGACCGGCCUACGAGUGGAUAGGAGGACGGCAGUGCGAGGCAGGAGAGGAGGAGGGCGUCGGCGGCCGGCGACGGGCGACGCGGCGGUGGCGGCGAGGCGGCCGGCGAUGGGAGAUGCUGCGGGGUCGAGCGAGCCAUGGAGCCGUGGCGUCAAGGUGGAGCAGUUGGGUGCGGGCGGCGGCCGGCGGGGGAGCAGCUGGGCACGGGCGUUGGAUCCACACGCCGGCGGCGCCCGCACCCUCAGCCGCUGCAGUUCCCGCCCGCCUCAGCCACCUCCGUCUUUGCCUGUCACUGCCGCAUGGUGGAUCCCACCUCCAGGAUGCGCAUCCGCCCAGCCAGGGAUGGCCACAUUGCGGCGGUCGUCGACGCCUCAAACGGCAGCGAAAGCUGGGCCGCGGCGUCAGCGGAGGAGCAUCCCUCGUCGCGGUCAGAUGAGCAGUCGGAGGAAGCCGACGAGGAUGGGGACGGCAACGCGGAGGCCGUGGGCGCUGCUGUGCUCCUCUUCUCGCCCCCACCGCCGGCUGUGGCUGUAGCGACGUUGUUGUUGUUCCCCUCGUCGGACGCGGGGGCGGCGGCGGCGGGGACGUAGCGGCGUGGGAGAAGCCGCGUCGCCCGUCGCCUGUCGCUUGGAAUUUGUUGCUGCAGUUCAUCAAGGCUGGCUUCUAUGCAAAGGCUUCCCCAUCAUUUCCUGAAUUCCCUCCGAACAAAGAAGUCCCUUUCCAAAAAGGAUGUUGUGGGCAUAAGUACAAGUGGAGGUUUGAGAAGCUAAAAGAACAUAUACAAUGAGAUAUCGAUGCUGAAAAUGAAGCGUAUGAAAGGUAUACACAGAAUGUUGGGUUACUGGAGGAAACGUUUGGUCUUACGGAAGAUGCUGUUGAUGAACCUGAAGCUGAAGCAACUUCUUCAGAACAGAGGAUGGAAACAUUGGUUUCCGAAGCAAAGUAGCCUGUUCAAGACGGUGAUGGUGCGGUGCGGCCACUGCAGCAGCCUCCUCACCGUCAACAUUAGGGGCCUCCUCCUCCCGACCAGCGCCGCCGCCACCGUCGCCACCGCGCCACCACCUCCACCCCCGCCGCCGCCGCCGGCGGCCGCGCACUUCCCCCACUCUCUCAACCUCGCGCCGCCGGCCAACCCUCCCCACCACCACUCCCUCCUGGAUGAGAUAUCGACGGCGAGCUCCCCGACCCAGCUGCUGGCGGCCUGAUGGCGAGCGCUGCAAGCUGCAGGAACAACGUCUGCAGAAACAAUAAGAAGAUGAUCGCCUUCCUCCGCUGGGCGCUCCACCCCCCCUUCCUUCUUCCGCGCCUGGCACAUCGGCGUCCGCGCCAGGGAGUCCAAGAAGCGGGUCGCCUUCAUCUUCGGUGUCCCCGCGAGCAUCCGCGCACGCGACGACGUCGUCCGCAUGGCAGUGAUCAACUUCCUCUGCGUCCACAAGAAGCUCCGAUCCAAGCGAGAAGAGAGGAGAGAGGAAGGGAGAGAAGAAGGAAAAAGAGAGAUGAUGACGUGUCAUCCUAACAUGUGGGACCCACGUGGGUCCCAUGCUGACUCAGCCGUCACGUGAGACAAAACCGGCGUCAAUACUGCCCUAGGACCUCGGGUGACCGGUUUUGUAUAGUUAAGGGAUCUUAUAUAUCUGGUUUUACGGUUCAAGUACGUAUUUUUAUCUGGCUCACAAGUUGAGGGUCCUUCGGUGUACUUUUUCUAACACUGGAAUUGGAUGCUACGAACAGCUGAAAAAGUGUGUCCGUUUUGAGACUGA